UGAACACAAUAACCUAUCAUUAGAUACAAUCAGUAGUGUAUUAUUUCUUGUCAACGAAUUUAAAUCUUGUAAACAUGCUGCCAAACAAAAAGAGAUUACAACCUAAAAUAUCUACAAUCAAAAGCAAUACCACCACCACCAAUGGCUCAAGCUUUCAAGUUCGCAAUAUGGAUCGCACAGUAAUCGAUACAUGGAAAGCUGAAGAAAAAGAAUUUGGUGAAAAACUCCAUACAAAACUAACCGUCUUAACAACUUUAAUCCAACCGCCCACAGAAGACUUUAAAAAAUGCUUUGUUCCCGAUAUGUUCUUGAAACCAAACCAAAAAGCAUUUUUCCAUGUAAUGCAUUAUCUAUUUACUCUAUUAGAUCCUUUAGAGUUUAAAAAACGUUUCUAUUGGCCAAUUGCUGAUAAAAAAUCCGAAGCAAAUUUCCGAUCAUCUACAGUCCAAUAUUUAAUGCAUUUAAAUGAAAAACACAAUUUGCAAUGGGCUAAUGUUAAGAGCUAUCUUGUUGUAAUGCCAGGUGGUAUGAAAUUUAUUGUAUUCUUAUUAGAUUUAGUUGAUUUCAUUGUCAAAGAGUUGAUUAAGCAACGUGAAAAGCCAAUUCUUGGCGACAUGACUCGGGAACAAUUUUCUGAGUUUUCCAUCGAUCGUAUGAGAGCUCAGAAUAAAAUUCACAAAGAAUAUGCUUCCCGUUAUGUUAAAGCAAUCGAUCUACAAAUUGCUAAUUUGAAAGAAAACACUGAAAACUUAUGGAAGCAUAUAAAUAGCAUCUCGUUUCCGAAUGUCAAGACAUCGGAAUUGUUUGAUGAUUCUGUGCUCUCUGAAUUUGCAGCGAGCAAUCGUCAGUUAUUCAAAAACAGAAUCCAACAAAAGGUUGAAAAGAUUGUCUCUAUAGAAGAGCCUUUGAAAGAGCUCAAAGAAAAGUUAGAUCGCUUCCAAAAUCACGAAGCUGGAGUAAAGUACGAUAAGGAAAUGGUUAAGCGAUCUUUAUUGAAGCUUAAAGUACUUUACCCAGAUUUGGAAGUUGGUUCACUAAUGCAUGGAUCUGACCUGCAAAUGGGAACUCUCCUUAAAGCCUUUAAUCGCAUUUAUCCCGAUCUAGAAUGCAAUAUAAUUGCAGUCGAUCAACAAGGUAAUCGAAAUGAUUUUAUUGGCAAGGAACUGUUGACCUUGAAAACUGAUAUUCUUCAAGUAGAAACUCAGACGACAAAGUUUUUGUCAUCAAUUAGUGGGGAAUUUAAGAAUCCUCAAACUAAAAUCAUCACUCCAGUUCGUCAGAAUUCCACAGCUCCAAAUGGUGCUAGUAUACUCUUUUCGAAAUUUGUCAAUACACCACCAAUAAAGCUGGACAUGAUUGACAAUAAGAUGAACACCAAUCCUAGACUUCCAUUCUUAGAUGACUUUGCUAUGGAAAGGUCAAUUGAGUCGUUUUGUUUUAUUAAUCAACAAAAUACUUUAUUUCCGGCUCCACCGAGGUCGGCUAAAAAAUCACAUGAUACUUCAGUGAAACUCAAUCAAAGUACAGUUGGAAAGUCGAAGAUUGUUGAUCCAUUGAGAUUGUUGCGAACUUUGAAUAAAGAUACUUCGAAAGCUAAGAAUUCAUCGAGAAAUCUUUCAUCACUGCAAUCGAAAUGGAAGAAACACGAGGAUUUGUUUGGGAGGGAAGAAGCUGAUACAUCAUCGAUAGAUAUUGAUGGUUGUAAGACUAUGGUCUCUAUGAGUGUUGAACCGCCAGUGGAUUCGAAUGAUAAUACCACGAGGAAUAUUUAUCAAGUGGAAAUACCUCCAGUGAAUGCUGUUUCUGAUGGGAAUAUUUUAUUUCCUCGAAAGAUAUCGGCUGUUAAGAAAGUUCAAGAUGCAUCGUUGAAUUUUCAGAAUUUAAGUACAAGUCCUUCGGGGAGAUUGGAUCCAUUGGUCCCCUUCGAUAUAAAAGAAUUCCCUAAAAUUCUACUAAACGAUCGGACUAUUUUGGAGAAUUUAUCUUCAUCGAGUAAAAUUGAUUUUCUUGAUGUUUUUAAUGCUGACAAAUCCUUUGGAGCUAAUGAAGACAUCAAUAAGAGCUUUCGGGCAAAACCUAAACCAUCCAAAGCUGCUGCUGCUGCUGAUGAGAAUAAUCCAAAUUUAUCAAAUAUUCUAUUUGAUUUGAAAGAAAAUGAUAGUAGUUUGAAUUCUGAUGCAAUUUUUGAUAUUAGCGAUGGCGUUUUGAAGGAUGUAACUAUGUAAUAUUUGUUUUAAUAUAUUAAGUUUUCUAUUUUUUUAA